AAGAAGAUCGGCGGAGUGCAGAUCCACGAAGAAGAACCCGUCGCUCUCAUCAGUACGCGACAAAGAUGGCCGCCUGUGGGCUAGUCCGCUCCCUGUCUUCCAACUUUUUCACAGUUUUGCCUUUACUUACCCGCUCGGCAACACUUCCACCGUUGCGGCUGGCAUCUCCACCUUACUUUGGAAGAACACUAGCCACUUCCUGUCGAUUAACAGCAGCACUUAAAUUCACAGACAAGCACGAAUGGAUCCGAGUAGAAGACGACGGGGUUGGGACUGUCGGUAUCAGCAAGUUUGCGCAAGAGGCUCUGGGAGAUGUAGUUUACUGUGGACUACCAGAGGUGGGAACACAGCUGGCUCAGCAAGAUGAGUUUGGAGCUCUUGAAAGUGUGAAGGCUGCCAGUGAGCUUUAUUCCCCUUUGACUGGAGAAGUCGUAGAGGUUAAUACACUCCUGGCAGACAAUCCUGGUUUGGUGAACAAAUCUUGCUACAAAGAUGGUUGGCUGGUGAAGAUGACCAUUGGCAACCCUGCAGAGCUUGAUACUCUAAUGGAUGAAGCAGCCUAUGAAAGAUACAUCCGCUCCAUUGAGGACUAACCUAACACCACCUAAUAAAUGCUAUGAGCCCCUUCUCCUUUUCAAAACACUACUGGCAGGAAGAUCCACAAGUUGUGCCUGUGUCAACUACAACGCUUUGCUUAGCAUCCACCAGUGGAGCUCAAGAGCCCCAGAAUGCUGACCUGCCAGUGUUGUAAAGCUGUGGACUUUAGGAAUCCUUUAUCUACUGUUAAAGACUGACUUUAGGGGACCUGUGAACCUUCGCUGUCUAAACAUCCAGUGUUGAGGUUUUGCUGCCUCAAAAUCCCCAAACAGAAGAGACUGAGUCAAUAGAGCAGUUUGUAUACAUUUCAUUCAAAGGAAAACUUGAAUCUCUGUUGUAGGACAUUGUUAAACUUUAAAAAGCACUUCUGUAUUCAUGGUAUCAAUAAUAAUGUUGGUCUCCACUGCAUGUAUGACCGCUAAAUAAUGUAGACAUGGGACAUUUAAAUUAGAAAAUAAACAUUUCC